AUGGCAGCAACGAUCCUAGAUCUUCCCAAUCCUGUGCAUCCCAGUUUUAUUGAUCGGCUGGAUGGGGAUUUUUUGGAAUAUUACAACAAAAAUAUCGCCAUCAAACCAGCGACUCAUACGGUCGACCUUGCAGAGGUGCGACAAAAUCCAAAGAAAUUUGCUUGGCCAUGGUGCAAGGAUUAUUCCGAUCUACCAUUUGUGAACGACAUCAAAAUCACUUCUGGGGAUGGUUUCCAAUUCACGAUUAGAACUUAUCACCCAGAUAGCGGGCGGUUCGGUCCUGGCCCUUUCCCUAUCCACAUCAAUCUUCAUGGGGGCGGGUUUUGCUUUGGAGACUUGACCAGCGAGGCUGAGUGGUGCCUGCUUGUCAGGAAUGAGGUCGGCAUCAUCGUCGUAGACGUGGACUACCGCCUAACACCAGUGAGGCAGGCCUAUGCCCAUGCCCCCGAUAUAAACGGACUAUCGGACUCUAUUUCUAUUGGUGGAGUCUCCGCAGGUGGAUUCUACAGCUGUAUUGUGCAGCAGCUUGCCCGUGAUGCGAAUCUGCCCCUAAAGCUAGUACGAGCACCCGCCUGGGCCUGA